AUGGCCGCCAAGAAUCAAGUGUUUAUCGCCAUCAUUGGCGCUGGAGGCGUUGGGAAGUGCUUCCUCGGCCAGCUUGCGAAACUGGCUGUGCGACGGCCUUCGACAAAGCUCAGCCUCUGCUACAUCUCGACAAGCAAGAAGGCGCUCUUUAACAACGACUAUUCCGAGAUCAGUAUCGACAAUGCCAUCUCUAGCCUCUCAGCCUCAUCGACAGCCCCUCCCUCCCUCCCCGACGUUGUGAACUACCUGGCAGCUGCGCCCUCGAAGGUAGUGCUUGUCGACAACACCAGCUCUCAAGAUAUUGCCGAUGCAUACCCACUGAUCCUGAGCCGUGGCAUCAGCAUUGUGACCCCGAACAAGAAGGCCUUUUCUGGAUCGAACAAGCUCUGGCAGGAUAUCUUCGCUGCUGCCCAGAGCUCUGGGGCUAAGGUCUAUCACGAAUCUUCUGUCGGUGCCGGGCUGCCCGUCAUCUGCACCCUGAAGGAUCUUGUCGAGACUGGCGAUGAGGUAACCAAGAUCGAGGGUGUCUUCAGCGGCACCAUGUCGUUCCUCUUCAACUCCUUCGCUCCUACCACCGGCUCCGGCGGCCAAUGGUCGGCCGAGGUCAAGAAGGCCAAGGAGCUGGGAUAUACCGAGCCUGAUCCCAGAGAUGACCUGAACGGCUUGGAUGUGGCAAGGAAGCUGACUAUUCUGGCCCGUCUUUCUGGUCUGGCAGUUGAGUCGCCGACUUCCUUCCCCGUCCAGAGCCUGAUUCCCAAAGAGCUCGAGUCUGUUGCAAGUGGCGACGAAUUCUUGGAGAGACUCCCCGAAUUCGACUCGCAGAUGGAGCAGGUCAAGGCCGAGGCUCAGAGGGAGGGCAAGGUUGUCCGAUUCGUCGGCAGCAUCGACAUGGCCACCAAGUCAGUCAAGGUCGGACUGGAAAAGUUUGACCUGUCCCACCCCAUCGCCGCACUCAAGGGCAGCGACAACAUCAUUAGCUUCUACACGAAGCGGUACGGCAACAGCCCUCUCAUUGUCCAGGGCGCAGGUGCCGGUGGCGAGGUCACUGCUAUGGGCGUCACCGCAGACCUUCUGAGGGUCUUGUCCCAGAUCUCAUAG